GGAGGAGGAGGAGCCCCAGCAGCUCCGCCCACUGGAUUGGGAAACUAAGGGUAAGAGCGGGACAACGUCUACUCCGGAACCAAUUUUAUAUUGUAAUAAAGCCCCAGGUAAAUCUGAAGGAGCCACCUUGUGUGCCAAUAGAAAGCUCUCAAACCCUGAAACUGACCAGCCCCUACCGGCCAAUGGGACUGAGACAGCAUCGUGGGAAGGGGGGAACCAAUCAGAUUGCAGCAUAAAUCCCCUUACAGAACAGGGAACAGACACACCUUCUCCUAUCAUGGGGUGCAGCCUGAAUAACAGCUCGGCAGCCAGUUAUAUAUCAGAUGGGAUUAAAGGGGAUUCAGGGAGCCACUCAGAUUACAAUAUAAUUACCUUGGCUGAAGAAAUAGAAGAGACAGAUCCGCCCACUCCUGCCAUAAGAUGUGGCCUUAGAAGCAGUUUAUCAGAUGGAGUUAAAUCCGACGCUUGUGAUAAAGAGUCGGCUUUGUGUGAAGGAGCGAACCCGUUAAACCGCGGCGUUAAUCCGUGUGUCGGAAGGACAGAGAGGAAGGUUACCCCUGCCACUAUCCUGGGGGGCAGCAGCUACGGACUAGGGGCUAUUAAACAGGAGCCAAUGGCAUGGCUGGGGAGAAGCCAUUUAGGCUGCAGCAUGAAUCCCCUCUCAGACCAGACCCAGGGGGAACUUUCCUGCCCGUGUAUCCCGGGAUACAGCGAUUAUAGUGAUAUAAUGAACAGUAAAUGUGCUGCUCCGUUACAGGAGUGCAAUAGCCAAGUCAGCGGCCAGAGUCUCCCCGCGCAUCCGGUCAGAACUCGCGAAGGAGAGGAAUCCGUGUCGCUCUCCGAUGGCGGGAAAGGUUACGAACAGGAUUCCGAGCCCCUGGGGAUCCAUUCGGACAAGCCCUUCUGUUGCCUGGAAUGCGGCAAGCGCUUUAAGCUGUGCACGCGGCUUUUCACGCACCAGAGGACUCACUUGGAAAAGAGACAGUUCACCUGCUCCGAGUGCGGCGAAUGUUUCCCCCAGUCUGGCGACCUCACCAAGCACCGCAGGACUCACGGGGGAAACAAGUCCUUCUCGUGCUCCGAAUGCGGCAAGCGCUUCAGCUAUCUGUCGGCCCUCAAUAGACAUUACAGGAGCCACACGGGGGAGAAGCCGUUUACUUGCUCCGAGUGCGGCAAAUGCUUCACCCACCGCUCCGACCUGAACCGACACCACCGGAUCCACACGGGGGACAAACCCUUCACCUGCUCUGAAUGCGGCAAAUGCUUCAUCCAAAGCUCCGACCUUAAGGUGCAUCAGAGGAUCCACACGGGGGACAAGCCGUUUACCUGCUACCGAUGCGGGAAAUACUUUGUACAGCGCUCCGACCUGCACGUGCACCUCAAGACUCACCGAGGGGAGAAACCAUUUCCUUGUUACGAGUGCGGCAAAUGUUUUUCUUACCGCUCGGACCUUAAGGUUCAUCUGCAGAGCCACAAUGGCAAGAAGCCCCUCUCUAACACAUGAAGGGGAUAUGGGGAUUUACUGGACAAGCGGGAGGGGAAAAGACAUCGGGUUCCGGGAGAAGCUGCCUGGGUUCCAGGAGGCGCUGCUGCUAAAUGGGUCCCAGCAGGGCUGCCAUCAGGGGGACACAGGGGGGACAGUUGUCCUGGGCCCGGACAAUCAUGGCUUUAAAUGGGGCCCGGCCGUGAUGCAGUUUUUAAUCUCUGGUCCCCUUUAAAGAGUUACAGGCCCUUGGUUCAUUGGUGAUCAGUGGGUAAUUUGAUUGGUUGCGGCCCGUGCGUACGUGUGACGUCAGCACGCACGGGGCGCAACCUAAUAAAAGCGUAGCUGCAGCGGCGAGACGGGAGACCUAAGCAGAGACAGGGGACGCAGUCUGAAGAAGCAGGGAGGCAGGCGAGUGGGUGGGGUGGGGGAGGAUGCUGAGGGGA